CUUGGGGAGAGCAGCAGCCAGCAAGGGGAUGUAAACCCAAUGGGUUUAGCCCCCAGCAUGUCCUUAAGUUCAUACUGACCCCAAAAACACAUAUGGUCUGUCCUUAGCCCCCACAACCCCACAUGACUUUGCUUCUUUCUCUCUAAGACUCACCAUAAAUACCCUACAAUCCCCUUCAAACUUUUCACACCCACCUUAACUACUCUCACUUUUUUCUUUCCUUCUCUCAACAACUCAGCAAAUGGCUAUCAGGAAAUCAAACAAGUUGUCUCAAACAGCAGUUCUGAAACAGAUCCUGAAGAGGUGCUCAAGCUUAGGAAAGAAACAAGAGUAUCAUGAUCAAGAAGGCCUCCCUUUAGAUGUCCCCAAAGGACACUUCGUUGUAUAUGUUGGUGAAAACAGAAGCAGGUACAUUGUGCCCAUCUCUUUCUUGACUAGGCCAGAGUUUCAAAGCUUGCUUCAACAAGCAGAAGAGGAAUUUGGGUUUGAUCAUGAUAUGGGUCUCACCAUUCCUUGCGAAGAAGAAGUUUUUCUAUCCCUAACAUCCAUGCUCAGAUGAGGACAUUGUUAAUUUAUUACGUUGUUCGGGUUUUAUUAGGCUUAUGAUCUAGACUGUAGAGAUGAAGCUGCUUCAUUGCUUCUCUUGUUUAAUUUUCUCUUUUAUAAUUAUUUUCUUUCCUCGGGUUUUUUCCUUAACUCUGACCCAUGAAAGAACAGAACCCAUGAAUACUAUUUGGGUUUCAGAAAUGUAAAUCUCCAAAUUUUUCCUGACAGUGGUGCGGUGUUUGUUAACAAGCAACUACCAAUGUUGUAUCCUGCAGGAAGAGAACUAAUAUAUUAUUAAGGACACAUCCCUGUUCUUUUCAA